CUCAACCAUGCCUCAGUUUACGAUCGGUCACCGUUUCAGCUGACAAACAUUACCUCUAAAAAGCAGAAGUAUCAUAAGUAUCGACAUUUCAGUAUCGACCCUCCCCGUAGUUGAAGCCUUCAAAAGCAACACCCGGUGGCCAUCGCUAGCUUAGUCUGCCAGAAGGCUGCAGCGGUCCGCCAGCACCAGUUGCCCAUUCAUCCGACAGGAACUUUUGACAGGAGACGGAAAAGAAAGCCGAGAUGAACUCCAUCAAGAACCUUCUCAUCAGCGAAAACGUAGCCCCUCGAUGCAGGAGCAUCCUGGAGGAAAACGGCAUCCGAGUGACGGAGAAGCAGAACAUGAGCAAGGAGGAAUUGAUCGCCGAGAUCAAGGACUACGACGGCCUGGUGGUACGAUCCGCUACCAAGGUGACGGCCGAUGUCAUCGACGCCGCCUCCAAUCUGAAAAUCAUCGGGAGAGCCGGGACCGGGGUAGACAACGUGGAUGUUGAGGCCGCCACCAGAAAGGGGGUGAUCGUUAUGAACACGCCCAGCGGCAACACCAUCAGUGCGGCCGAGCUGACCUGCGCCCUCCUGAUGAGCCUCUCACGAAAUGUGCCUCAAGCUACAAUAUCCAUGAGGGCGGGGAAUUGGGAUCGCAAAAAGUUUAUGGGUGCUGAGCUGUACGGCAAGGUGCUGGGGAUCGUCGGACUGGGAAGGAUCGGGAAGGAAGUGUCCCACAGGAUGCAGUCCUUCGGCAUGAAGACCAUCGGCUAUGAUCCAAUCACUCCACCGGAGGUGUCGGCCGGUUGGGGGGUGCAGCAGAUGCCCCUGGAGCAGCUUUGGCCGCAGUGUGACUUCAUCACCGUGCACACGCCAUUAAUGCCUUCCACGGUUGGUCUCCUCAACGACGAAACCUUUGCUAAAUGCAAGCGAGGAGUCAAAGUGGUCAACUGUGCCCGAGGCGGCAUCAUCGACGAAGCCGCUCUGCUAAGAGCGCUGGAGUCGGGACAGUGUGGAGGCGCCGGCCUUGACGUCUUUGUGGAGGAGCCACCCCAGAACCGCUCUUUGGUCAACCACCCCAACGUGAUCAGCUGUCCACAUCUGGGCGCCAGCACCAAGGAGGCGCAGACGCGGUGCGGCGAGGACAUCGCCCUGCAGAUUGUUGACAUGGUGAAGGGAAACAAGCUGGUCGGAGCUGUAAACGCACCGGUUCUGGCCAGCACUUUCUCUCCGGAUUCUUCUUCGCUGAUUAAACUUGGAACGGCGAUGGGAUCCGUGCUGCGGUCCUGCAGCACCUCCAACCAAAAACUGGGCCACGUACAAAUCACUUCUCAAGGUGAAGGCAUGAAGUCGUGCUGCGGUUACAUGACGGCUGCCGUCCUGGUCGGACUCCUCGACGGCGGCUCCGGCGUUUGCCCAAACCUCAUCAACGUUCUGAGCCUGGCCAAAGAAUCAGGAAUCACGGUCACUCAAAGCCACGACGCGUCCGACGAGGCUUCCCCCGCCGUGUGCACCGUGGAGGUCACCGCCGACGGCCGCAGCUACAAAGCCGCCGGCGCCGUCCAAGGCGGCCUGCCGGUCCUGCUGGAGCUGAGCGGCAGCACGUUUAGACAACCCGUGUCGCUCGCAGGGAAUCUGCUGUUCUUGAAGGCCCCGGCAAGUCCUCAGCUUCUCUCCUCCGUGGCUGCACUGCUGGCCACAGAGGGAGUGCAAAUCGAGUCUUUCAGUGCUCCGGCAGAGCGUUCUGGAGACGUUUGGUACUGUUUGGGAGUAUCUUCUCCGCUGGCAGACCGCCGUGCCUUGCAGCCUUUGGCUCAGGAGGUGGCUCAGCUCUGCGCUUGAAGACAAGAAGACGUUUGCGUGUCUCGUGGGUCCAUCUUUGCCUUAGCAUUUCCAGCUGGCCUGUUGUGGCUUUGCAAGUUACAUUCCAGUGUUAAGAAGCUUUUUCAUGCUUUGUCAGUAAAACUGAUGGAAAAUGUGUUGCUCUCUUUGUUUGGGGUGGACAAAUCAUUUUUUACACUUCAAAGAAGGAUUCAAACCUUUUUCUCCAGGAAGUAGGUGAACAAUUCUGCUCAAAAAGUAAAAAAAUAAAAAUCAAAUCAGGUAUCGAAAUAACUUUU